GUCAUCCAUUCUGCAUCGUUCCAUCUUCACAUCACGUUUGCCUACAAACUUGGAGAUCGCAACUUGGAGGUCGCAGACGAGCAGCGUUUCGAGGGGACUUCGUCAAAUCGUAGGUGCCUCUUUCAGGACGCAGCUCACCAUCUUCUCGAAAUUUCAGCUUCUUGCGAGAACCUCGUUUCCUGUUCGCGCGGUCGCCGCAACGAAACAUACAGUCACAUACAUCAUCCGUCUAUCAUAUUAGCCGACCAACCCAACGAACUUUCUUCCACCACGACACCAUUUCCUCAUAUACUCAAACACCAAAGGCCAAAAUGUCACAGAACCUCAACCCGCGCCAAUCCUCCACCCGCCACACCGGUCCUUCCUCACAGCACCAAACCACAACCCCCUCCGCAACGCAAACACAAACCCAAAUAUCCAGCCAACGGGAAGCCCCGAUCCUCCGCCUGCGCGGCGGCCCCGCCCCGUCACGCAACCGCGUCCAAUGGGCUGAAGGAACAGUCGACAACGAGGGUCUGAACCGGAAGAAGUCGAAGGUGUGCUGUAUUUACCACCGACCGCGGGAGGUGGGGGAGUCGAGUUCGGAGUCGUCUUCUUCUGAUUCGGAUGCUUCUUCUUCCGAAUCGGAUUCAGGGGCAGCGGGGAGGAGAAGGGCAGGGCAUGGUGAGGAUUGUCGGAAUCAUGGACAUGGACACAAUCAUGGGAUUAGAGGACGGGAUGGAGAUGGCGGAGGGAGGAAGCAAAAGAAACCCAGUCGGAGGACAAGCCCGAAUGCGUAUGAGAAGCAGCCGAAACCGCGGCCGAGUAACGGGGAUGCGGGUGGGAGUGGUGGUGGUGGUGGUGGGCCGAUGAGAGCGUAAGGGUUGUGCCAGCUGCGGUUAGGAAGAGCAAAAUUUACUCCGCACGCUGUCUUUUGGGACGAACACAGCUUGUGGUCGGUCCAUCAUGGCCAGGGAGGGGGACUCUUGGGGCUAGAGAAAAAGGAAUCCUACGAUCGCCUGUGAGGCGAAGCGAACGAGCUGAGACAAUGAUGCAUUUGAAAAAGAGAAAGAACCGCAGAGCUGGCGGGCUGGUAGAUCGCGAAGGAAUAAUCAUUUAUUAUACCCCAUCUUCAGCGACCUUGGAGCUGAAGACAAACACGACAAUCAUGACACAAUAUACUCUUCUCCG